AUGUUAAGAUUUAUCGGGCCAAACAAUAUAACAUUAUUUGAAUAUCAAAAGACUCAUCCCGUUCCAUGGGUAGAAUCUUAUUCUAUUGAAAGUGGUCCGGGUAAGUUAAAAGUAGUAAAUGCAGAAAUUGAAACCAAAAGCAAAAAAGAAUUGCAUAAAUUGGACGUGAGCGGAGCCAUUUGUUUAGAUAUGGAUUUUCCGGAAUUACUUGGACAAGCAGCGGCUGCGGAUUUUGUUUUGUCCCCGGCACAAACUUGGUCCGCGCAGGUUGGAUUACAACAUUUACAAAUGUCGUCGGUACGGGCUAUCGAAAACGGUUAUUGGAUAUUGAGAUGUGAUGGUGGAGGAGCCUCGGGGCUCAUCGAUCCUUAUGGUCGUGUUCGACACUUUGAAAUUUCGUCGAAUGAACAAGUGAAUAUAUUCGCUUGGGAAAUGCCUUUUUCGGAAGAAAAAAUCGAGACUUACUACUCUCAAUAUGGUGAAUUUGCAGUAUGGGGAGCCCUAAUAUUUUUAGGAUUGGCAGAAUUACUUUGGUACUUUUCUUGGAAGGUAGCCGAAGAAGAUAUGACAUCUUUAUCGGAUGCAUCUAAGGAAUUUCUUAGGAAGCGACAAGAAUGGGCUGAGGAAAAGUACGAUGAAAUUUUUGAUCAAGAGGAAUUAAGUUUAAGGGCGAAACAAAGCUUAAUUUAG